AUGGACAUCCCUGAUCUCUUUGGCCUGUUUGAUAUCGAAGGGGACUUCAAUCUGCAGUCCGAAUGCGAUGCAUUCCUGCAAACUCCAGAAACCACCACCUCACACGUGGCCCAUCUCACUCCAGCCCUUGAUGCCGGCGCUCAUACUCCAGAGCAAGAGGAGAUUCCUCAGCAGCGACAGAGACGCUAUGCUCCGCGAAGCCGUCAAGGCUGCCUCACCUGCCGUGCUCGCCGGAAGCGUUGCGACGCUCAUCAUCCUGUUUGUCGCAAUUGCACUCGCCUUAAUGCAGAAUGUCGAUGGCCAGACAAGCUUCAGAUUUCAGAUUGUAGUAGUAGCGCAAAGGCUCUGAGAAAUCGGGAUGUGGCGACUACAACUCGCUCGAAUUUGGAAUUCCCCGGUUCUCAGACCAACUACGCCGGUGUUAAUUUUGUAGCUGAUGCAUAUCCCACAGCAUUUACGACUACAAAUGAAAUAACCGUCGUUCAGUCAUCAUCAAACUUCUUCACAUCUCUAUACAUUCCCAUGGCCUUCCAUUGCGUCGGAGUCAUGGACGCUAUCGUAGCCUGUGCUGCGGCUCAUCUUGCAAAGUCGGUGCGUGGACCGGAAAAGACUCGAGAGCUCAACUCAGUGGCCAUCCAGCGCCAGCAACGAGCGCGCGACUUCAUAACAGAACAUACGGAGCGACCCGAACACUCAGGAUCGGGAGAAUACAAACUCGAAGUUGUUGUAAUCCUCUUGCUCUUGAUUGGGUUGGAGGCUCAGACGGGAGGCCGAAGUCUGAGGUGGAUGCAACGGGUCAAUUGUGUACGGCAAUUGCUUCAGACCUACUCAACAGCUACGGCGAAAAGGUGGAGUGCGUGGGAGAUUGAUUGUGUUCACAGGCACUUUUUAUAUCAUGAUGUGAUGGCCCUCAUAAUGGAGGAUGUGCUGGACCCAGACACGCGGGCGAAUCUGUCGAAUAGAAGCGGUCCUUUUAGAGACUGCGCUGCAACUCUCCCGGCACCACAAGCACAAGAUGCGUUGGACCAGGCCAUGGUCACGACACCUGUCUCUCCAGAGCUUUUUCAGAGCGAGAACAUCUCUCAAGGCGUUGAUUGCCUCCUUGGCUUGUCCCGGGAUUUGUUCGACAUCAUCACUCAGCUGCGAGAUCUCCCCAGUCGAGACUCGCAGGACAUGGAUGCUCCUGAAUUGCUCAAACUUGAAACUGAUCUUUCAAAUUGGCAGUACGAUAAAGAAAUGGCAUCGAAUUUGGAUCUCAAUACCCGCUUGGAUCUGAUUGCCCUUGCUGAAUGUCAUCGUCUUGCCGCGCAGAUCCUGCUCUAUCGGCGAUGUCCCAGCCGAUCUUAUUGUUUACCACAUAUAGCAUCACAGAUCAUCUGUACUGGUUUCAGAAUAACCCCGACCAGCGCGGUAGUGUCUGUUUUGACCCCGGUUCUAUUCUUGGCUGGUGCUGAGCUGAAUUCUGAGGCGGACAUGGUACUGUGUGCAGCAAAACUCAAAAGCAUUAGGGAGGCCAGCAAGAUGAUGAAUGUAGUCUCUGUAGAAGAGGUACUUCGAGUUGUCUGGAAAGAACGAUUGCAGAAUGGGAUUCAAACGGAUUGGCUAGAGAUUCUACGAGCUCGGAGAUGGACCUUUAGUCUUGGAUAG